AUGGCAAAAGGACAUUCUGCAAAUAUCGAAAAUGGUAACACAUCCAUAGAAUUAGUAUCUAAGGAUGGUCCUAUUCCAAUAAAUAUCAUGAUGCAGGAGGGUGUUAAGGCACUUACCAAGAUAUUAUCCAACCAAUUACAAGAUGGCAAGGGAUUUGAAAAUGGUGAUCAUUCAAUGCAAUUCGUUAUUAGAAAUAAAACAGAUAAAAAGACUCCACAAGGUACUAAAAAUGGAAAAGUCGAAGAGCUUGAGGAUGAAGAUAUUGUGGAGAUAGACAAUCAUAGCAAUUAUCAUGUACAUUCCAAUGUAACAGGUCACGAUCUGGUACUAGAUGAAAAUGAGGUGGAUAAAUUUCUGGAAGAAAAGUUUCCAGACCCUGAAUUACACAUAAAUGGCGAGGAAGCAGAGAUAAUAUUCGAUUACGAGAGGCAAGGUCUGGAAGAUGUUCCUGAAGGUAUAGGUAAGAAAAUAUCAGAAAUGAUAGAGUCUGUUUUACCUGGAAGUUUUUCCACUGAUGUUCAUGGUCGAUUACAUGCAGUCGUAAAUGGAAAUGAAUUGAAUAUAACAGAAGAAGGUUCAAGCGAUAUAGAAUCCCAUGACAUAUUAGUGGAUAGUAACAUUGAUAAUGGUGCAGUCCCUACGUAUCGCAUGACUCUAGAUGAUGAAAGAGGGGAGGACCCUGGUGAAAGAGUCGAUAUGUUAGAGGGACAUAUGAAUGGGAUACAUGAGAAUAAUGAUUCAUAUUAUGAUCAUGAUCAUGAUCAUAACCACGAAGAUGGAUAUUGUCCGCACCAUUAUCGUCAGCAUCAGCAUUCAUUAAAUGAUCAACAAAGCCCAUCUGCAUUUAGGAAUCAGCACUAUUUAGACUAUGAUUAUGGUGAAGUGCAACGACGUGAAAUGCGUAAUGGUGUAUCAGAGCCUCCAAAUUUUGCAAUGUUAUUAGAUGCAAAGCAACCGAUGUGUAUGUUUUGCGAAUAUUAUAUGGUGUUUGGAGAACCACCUAAAAACAUGAUAAAAUGGUACAACAAGGCAUAUGGCUAUCGACGAAUGCCGAUGAAUGGGAAUGCCAAUAAUGAGCAUCACCAUCAUCAUAAUCACAUGGAGGAUCAACAAAAUUCGCAUCGAAAGAGGAGUCGUUAA